CAGGCUGGCGGGCAUCUGAACGACGAUUGAGUCUUGGCAUCAUUGAUCAAUUUCCUCGAUCCCUAACAAUAAUGCACUUGACGUCCACCAUCGUCGCAGUCCUGCUGGCCGCGUCGACCACCACCACCACCGCCCAAUGCGAACUCAACUGCAUCACAGUUGUCGACCCUGUGUGUGGCUCCAACAACAAAACGUAUUCGAACGCGUGCCUCUUGCAGGUCGACGCGUGUACGACGAAAGAAAACAUCACGAUCGCACGCCCAGGCGCUUGUGUUUGCGAUUCCAUAUGCACGAUGGAGUUCGAACCGCAGUGUGGAAGCAACGGCGUCACAUAUGGCAACAAGUGCAGUUUGAAGGUCGCGCAGUGCAAUGACGGGCUCGUCAAGUGGAUCUCCGCUGGGGUAUGCACCAAAAGCUGCGAUGCCGUCUGCACCAAAGAGUACCAACCCGUGUGUGGGUCGGACGGUAAAACCUAUGGCAACGACUGCGAACUGAAAAACGCAAUGUGCCAAGAUAGUACGUCUGGCUUGGUCAAAGUGUCGGACGGGGAGUGCCCAGUGUCGUUGAAUACGACCAAGAUCCCCACCAGCACUUCUCCUUCGAUUGUCACCCCCAGUCCAUCCUCGACAUCCUCGUCGUCGUCGCCGCCAGUCACCACCGUCCCGUCGAGUGCCACUGCGAUGGCCACGUCUGCUUUUACGGCCGCCUUGUACGUCGUGCUUGGCUUGAUUGUAGGCUAUUAACUGGAACAAUCGAUUUUGAAAUCCUUUUUAUCCCUCUUGGCCGACGUCAAUUGCAUCGAAAACGUCGACAAAUAUUGUUUAAGACAAAAACACUGUGGAGCAAAUUAUUUGUAGUCCUUGGAUAAGUCCUCCAGAAUGAAACUCCAGCUAAUAUACCAGACGC